CGUGGAUACCCAAGAAGCACUCGUCCAGUCACACAGUCCGGUUCAGUCAAGCUCCGUCGCACCUCUUCCUUGUCAACUAUUUACAAGUUUUCUUGGUGGGGCCUGAUGGUCGGCCCCAGCCUGUUAUGGCGCAGUUGAAGGUGGUGACGCUAUGCAUGCUGGCGGCAGCCCUAAUGUUAACCUCCGCAGGGAAUCUGCCGCCCCCGGAGAGGUCAUACAAAAUCCUCAUGCUUCUUCCUGCCUCCUCAAAGAGUCACAGAAAUGUGUUCAUGUCCUUGGCAGAGGCUCUGGCAGUCCGUGGACACAAGAUUGUGAUGCUCACUGGUUUGCCGCCAUCAUCAAAGAAUCCAAACAUCACUGAAAUAAACCACGGACUACCUUUCCCAGAUGACUCAAGAAACAGGUUCAAGAUGAGUAAACACGGAGUUGGUAGUUUAAGCAGGUACAAAAAUAUUCUGCCCGCCAUCGCACGGGAACUAUACAAGGUGCCAGCGGUGAAGCAGCUGUAUGAGAAAAGGAAAGACUUUGACCUCAUUGUCGUCAAUCAUCUUUUCAGUGAGCCCACGUACCCGUUUGUGCACGAGGUUCCGUUCAUCAUGGUCGCCCCUCCCGGGAUGGACUCCCGCCAAAGUGCUGUCCUGGGCAACGUACUCAACCCGUCAUACGUUCCGAACCUUCUCAUAAGCUACCCCUUCCCCAUGUCCAUGUGGCAGCGGAUCAAAAACAUAGCCAUGCACAUAUAUUUGCCUUUCUAUUGGAGAAGUUGGGCUAUUGUUCCAUUAGUGCAGAAAGAGAUCUCAGCCCAGUUCCCGGAUCUGCCGUCGCUGAUGGAGAUCGAGAGAAACCAAAGUCUGACACUGAUGAACACUCACUUCAGCAUCUCCACCCCGGUGCCCCUGCUGCCCUCACAGGUGGAGGUGGGCGCAAUGCACUGCCGUACGGCAAAAUUCCUGUCAGAGGACCUGGAGUCGUGGAUUGCAGGCGCGGGCACUGAGGGCGUCAUCUACUUCAGUCUAGGCUCCACCAUUCGCGGUGAAGCCAUGCCGCCGGAGUACCGCCAAGCCUUCCUAGAGGCUUUCCGUAGACUGCCGCAACGCGUCCUCUGGAAGUAUGAGGGAGAGUUGGAGGGGGCGUUUGAUAACGUGAUGAUCAGCAGCUGGCUGCCCCAGCAGGACAUCCUCGCUCACAACAACGUGAAGGUAUUCAUCUCCCACGGCGGCCUUCUCAGCCUUCAGGAGUCCAUCUUCCACGCCACGCCCCUCCUUGUCCUCCCCAUAUUCGGUGACCAGCCAAGGAAUGCCAUGUAUGUGGAAAGCUCGGGUCUGGGUCGCAUGAUGGAGUGGGAGGAACUUACUGCUGACAGGAUCAUAGACGCCCUCACGGAUAUUAUAACCAAAACAAAGUAUAAAGAGACCGUGUCGGCAAUGUCGGCGUCCUUGAGAGAUCAGCUAACAACGCCGCAGGAGCGCGCCGUCUUCUGGACGGAGUACGUGAUCCGCCACCGAGGGGCGCCGCAGCUGAGAUGCCCGGCCACCCAGCUGUCCUGGGUGGAGUUCCUGCUAUUAGACGUGGUGGGCCUCCUGCUGCUGGCCCUGCUGGUGCUGCUGCUCCUCCUGCGUAGUCUACUUAGGGCAGUCUUUGGCGGUGUCUUUAAUGGCUAUAUGAAGAAAAAGACGGAGUGAUGCGUGGGAAAGUGGAGCUUGUUUGCACGUGAUGGUUCCUAACAGGGGUACUCAACUAUUAUAAGUAAAGGUCCAGUUAGAGAAGUUCAAAUGUAUGCAGAGGUCCGGAUACGUAUUGUAGUUGGACCCUAGGCUCCAGGAGUAGAAAAAUAAAAUUAAAUAACAUGAAGGUCCUGGCGAUGGAUUCUUGUAAGUGUACUUCCUCGACUGACUGGCCUUAUGGUCAGUCCAGAAAUUACACUUGCUAGAAUCCUUCGCCAGGACCUUCAUGUUAUUUAAUAUUUUCUACUCCUGGAGUCUGGGGUCCAGCUACAGCAAUCAGAAGGUCCGGAUUUCGGACCGCGGGCCGCCAGUCGAGUACCCCUGGUUUAUAACAACAGCAUGUGGCACAGAUAAUGAAUUGGGGAGAGAAACGAACUGCCUUGGCUUACCGUAUGUAAAUUACUCAUUUCACACAAUAAUGCUUUCUGUGAAACUGUUGUUAACUAUCACCAGCCGUCGGUGGGCAGCCAUACGUAUAUUUCGUUAGAAUUGUGUGUCGGCACAGUAGCAUUACUAUUUCCUUUUCGUCUUCGAUUAAUGGCAAACGACAUGUUGUAUAAUGAUAUCUGAUUGGUGCUUGAUAUAAUUCCCAUUCUUCAUGGAUUAUCCACAAAUGUAGCGUAUAAAAAUGUACAUUGUUUAUGAACUCUGGUGAUAACGUUGAUAUUUUAUUUAUUAUUUUUUUUUUUUACAUUCUGUGUCAAUUGAAAAUUAAUAUAUUUCCGAGCUUUC